GAAACGCGACGAUUGAUAUUGAAAACGCGUCUUAAAGAAUUAUUUAGAGAGAGAGAGAGAGAGAGGCUUCACGAAGUUGCUUCUGGCGAUCGCAUCGGCUCCGUAGAUCGAUCUCCUUCCAUCUCAAAUCCUCCUCCGUUCUCUUCUUACCUUCCCUCCGGUAAGACCUUCCGGAACUUGUGUGAAUCGGAGGAGAUCAAGGGAAAUCAAAAAAACCUAUCGCAUCCCUGGAAAAUUGAAUUUCUAGGGUUUCUAAAUUUUUCUUGAAUUGGUUGAUUGAUCGAUUCGAAUCUUGCUUAUCGUGAUUUGAUUCUCUAGGGUUUCGUUGAUUGGGUUGAUUCUCUUUUUUCUUUUAUCACUUUGAUUUUUCUUGUGUACGAUUCAAUUAUCUCAUUGAGAAGAAUACGAUGGCGGCAGGGGGAGGAGUUGAUGUCUCUAGAAGUUCUCUUUCCGUCAAAAAAGACCACGACUUUUACAGGAACGGUGCUCGUGGAGAUGGUGAGAGGCGUCCUCAAACUAAACCACCGCUUAACGAGCAAGGUCUCAGGAGGUUUGAUGGGCGUAACCGGUCACGGUUGGUUUCUGAGAAAGGGGAGGAGGAGGGUCAGAGACCCGCUGAGAAGAGGAGGAAGUUUUCACCUAUCUUGUGGGACGACGUUGAAGAUAAAGUUUCUAAAGCUCCUACUUCUAGGGAGAAGACAAGGUCUAGUUUCACUAGUCUGACUACGAAUCCGACAUGUAAGCAGAAUGUUGAUGUAACUCUUACUAGGAAGACUUCUCCCAAGGAUCAGGUCAACGUGAUGAUGUCACCAGAACCUGUUGAAGCUCAGGGGCCUGGGAUACUUAAUCAGGAUGUUGAUGUGACUGUUUCUAGUAGGACUUCUCCGAAGGAUCAGGUCAAUGUUGUGAUGUCCCAAGAAUUUGUUGAUGAAUUGGAGGAGGGUCAGUUGGAGGAAGAACAGCAGGUGACACAUAUAUCACCUGUUAAGAAAUUAUCAAGAUGGGAGACGGGUUUAACUUCCCACAAUGAGGAGGUAGUAUCUCAUACUGAUAAUGUUGUUCCCAAGACUAGCAGAUGGAACAGGAGCAGUUUGAGUCCGGAGUGUGGUGAGUUAGUGGUGUCUGAAGAACGGCAAUCCAAUUCAUCUGGAUCUGGUAGUGGGCAUCAGAGCGUAGAGAAGCUUAGCGCUAAUGGAUAUUCUGAUCAUGAGUAUUGUAGUUCUCCUAAUGACGAGUUAGAAGCUGAAGAACCGGCUUCUCCAGCUCAGGGAGUGAUGAACAUGCUACUUGGUAGCAGGUCUGUGAAUGGGUUUCAGAAGCUAAACAAGAUUAACGAAGGUACAUACGGUAUUGUUUACAGAGCGAGGGAUGAGAAAACAAAGGAGAUUGUGGCGCUCAAGAAGAUCAAGAUGAAGGAAGACAAGUACGAAGAAGAGUACGGAUUCCCUUUGACGUCUCUGAGGGAAAUCAACAUACUUCUGUCAUGCAAUCACCCUUCAAUAGUGAAUGUAAAGGAGGUUGUGGUCGGAGGGAAGAACGACAGCGACGUUUACAUGGUCAUGGAACACUUGGAACACGACCUGAAGUGCUUAAUGGAAAGAAAGAAACAGCCUUUUAGCACCAGCGAGGUCAAGUGCUUGAUGCUGCAGCUACUGGAGGGUGUGCACUACCUCCACACGAACUGGAUCAUCCACAGGGAUCUGAAGCCAUCUAACCUCCUGAUGAACAACACUGGGGAGUUGAAAAUUUGUGAUUUUGGUAUGGCGAGACAGUACGGGAGCCCUAUCAAGCCUUACACACAGAUGGUCAUCACUCAGUGGUACAGACCACCAGAACUUCUUCUAGGAGCGAAGCAGUACUCUACGGCUGUUGAUAUGUGGUCAAUAGGUUGCAUUAUGGCGGAGCUCUUGUCUCAAAAGCCUUUGUUCCCGGGCAAGACUGAACUUGACCAACUUCAAAAGAUCUUUGCGGUCCUUGGAACACCAAACGAGUCAAUCUGGCCUGGAUUCUCAUCGUUACCCAAUGCCAAAGCCAAGUUUCCUACACAAUCGUACAAUUUGUUGCGUAAGAAGUUUCCAGCGAUAUCAUUUGUAGGUGGUCAGAUACUCUCAGAACGUGGAUUUGAUUUGCUGAAUGGUUUACUAACUUUGGAUCCUGAGAAACGUCUAACAGUGGAGGAAGCUCUCAACCAUAGUUGGUUUCAUGAAGUCCCUCUCCCAAAAUCACAAGAUUUCAUGCCCACGUUUCCUCCUAGGCGCUAGAUGUGAGGCACUGUGUAUCAUUUGGAGGAAAGAGCGUUAGAUUUUCAGAGUACAUCACGUUCCUUCUGUACUGUAUUUUUAAAGAUCGAUUUUUUAGAUUUUGUUCGUAUGAUUAAAAGACUGAGAAAACAUUAAUUAGAGAACUGAGAAACUGUAUAAUGUCCUUUUGAUUA